GCACAACAAAGGGCAAACUGCCUGCCUGCAACACGGACUCCAGUUUACUUCUUGUCGAGCAAAGCUGAAAAGACUCGCUCAGCCCAGCCAGGAGACGCCAAAUUGUCGUGGAAAUUAGACAACACACGCAGACUUUUCCUGUGAAGGACUCUCUGGCUGAAGCUGAGCAGGCGAUGGAGACCAACAAUCAGCUGGAGAAUAUGGAGACCAACACUCAGGUAGGAGAUAUUAAUUUAAAUAACUCCUACCUGAUGUCCAAAGUGAACACACUGGAAGACUGUGUGCAGCUGUUGGACGAAGAGCUUGCUCAGACCCGGAUGAGGUGUAAUGAGAUAAUGACGGAGCUGGAGCAAGAGCAGGAGGCUCACAGAAUCCUGGAGUCCCACUGCGAAGAGAUGAAGACAACUUUAAAAACGUGUGACGAGUUACUCAAGGUGUGCGAGGGAGAGGUGAAGGAUCACAGUAUCCUAAAGGUAUCUCUGGCAGAGGUUGAGAGGAAAUACAAGCAGGCAAUGGAGUCCAAUGCUCAUCUGGAGAAUGAGACCUUUGACCUGAUGUCCAAGAUGGGCAUACUGCAAAACUCCAUGCAGGAAAUGACAAAUAAGUGUGCUGAGGCAACAAAGAAUUACGAGAAAACAAAGCGUAUUCUUGAGUACGUGUUGGCCACUGCCAAUGAGCGGGAGAAAACUUUAAAUCUGGAAAUAGACUUACUUCAGGCUUCUCUGGCUGAAGCUGAGAGGCAUUAUGAAUUUUUGGUAACAGACUACUAUGAGUCAGUUGACACACAGAAUAACUUGAGAGCUGAGCUGAGCACUCUGCACGGAAAAGUGGGUGAUCUGCAGGGAGCGCUCAGAACAGUAACAAGGGAGUGUGAGCAAUUGAGAAGCAUGAGGGACAAAUUGAGUUUAAUGAGUACAACUAUACUAAAAGACCAUGAGUUAGAACUUCAAGCACACGGUACACUGAAGGAACAGCACGUUGAGUUACUAACGGAGCGUAAACGAGAGCAGGCCUGUCUGGCUGAAGCUGAGAGGAAAUACAAAGAAGUCAUGGAGUCCAAUGCUCAGUUGGAGAAAGAGAAGUCUGACCUGCAGUCCCAGGUGAACACGCUGCAAGGCUCUGUGCAGCAGCUGAAGGAAGAGCACUCUGAGACACGCACGAAGUGUGAUGAAAUGCCGGUCUCUCUGGCUGCAGCUGACAAGCUGCAGGAGGAAGCGAUGCAGUCCAAGGCUAAGAUGAAGAAUGAAAUAUUGGACCUGAAGUACCAUUUGCACACACUGCGAGACUCAGUGCGGGAGCUGGAGAUAAUGCUCUCUGAUGGAGAGAUGCACUGCGACGCUAUAAAGCAGGAGUCAGAACAAGAGCGGGAGGCUUACCGUAUCCUGAAGAUGCAAUACAAAAAGAUGAAGGAAACUAUUCAGAGGUUCAGAGAGCUACUAAUGAUCUAUCACACAAAGCUUGGAUUCGAGGAGCCUCAGGGUCAAAGAUAAGUCCCGGAAUGCACGGCAAACUGUGUAGAGCCAUUC